GCGUAGCCAUACGCCGGAAGUAGCUCGAGUCGGAGUGUUAGCAGGUGAUAUCCGGUCCGACAAGGAAAGUUGAUGCCAAGGAAGCUAUAGGUUCCUGGGUGCUAAAAAUGGAUAGUCAGGGUAGAAAAGUCGUGGUUUGUGAUAACGGCACUGGGUUUGUGAAGUGCGGUUAUGCUGGCUCCAAUUUUCCUGAACACAUCUUUCCAGCACUGGUUGGGCGACCCAUCAUUAGAUCUACAGCAAAAGUGGGAAACAUUGAAGUCAAGAAUAACAAAAAGAUGGAUCUGAUGGUGGGUGAUGAAGCUAGUGAAUUAAGGUCAAUGCUGGAAGUAAACUAUCCAAUGGAAAAUGGCAUAGUCCGGAACUGGGAGGACAUGAAACAUCUCUGGGACUAUACUUUUGGUAGUGAGAAACUAAAUAUCGAUACUAGAAACUGUAAGAUUCUUCUGACAGAGCCUCCUAUGAACCCUACCAAGAACCGUGAGAAGAUUGUAGAGGUGAUGUUUGAAACCUAUCGUUUUUCUGGUGUAUAUAUUGCCAUUCAAGCAGUUCUUACUUUAUAUGCACAAGGAUUGUUAACUGGUGUGGUUGUAGACUCUGGUGAUGGUGUGACCCAUAUUUGCCCUGUUUAUGAAGGCUUCUCUCUUCCUCAUCUCACAAGGCGAUUGGAUAUAGCUGGCAGGGAUAUCACCCGCUACCUCAUAAAGCUGCUGUUACUAAGGGGAUAUGCCUUCAACCAUUCUGCUGAUUUUGAGACUGUACGGAUGAUGAAAGAGAAACUUUGCUAUGUGGCCUACAAUGUUGAACAAGAGCAAAAACUUGCUUUAGAGACCACAGUGCUGGUUGAAUCCUAUACCCUUCCAGAUGGCAGAAUUAUCAAAGUUGGAGGGGAACGUUUUGAAGCACCUGAGGCAUUAUUCCAGCCUCAUCUAAUCAAUGUUGAAGGAGUUGGAGUUGCUGAGUUACUCUUUAACACAAUCCAAGCAGCAGAUAUUGAUACCAGGCCAGAGUUCUACAAACACAUAGUGCUUUCUGGAGGGUCUACAAUGUACCCUGGUUUGCCCUCUCGUUUGGAACGUGAGUUAAAACAGCUGUAUUUGGAACGGGUACUGAAAGGAAAUACAGAAAAGCUUUCUAAAUUUAAAAUCCGUAUUGAGGAUCCUCCACGGCGUAAGCAUAUGGUGUUCUUGGGUGGUGCAGUGCUUGCAGAUAUUAUGAAAGACAAAGAUACGUUUUGGAUGACUCGACAGGAAUACGAGGAAAAAGGUGUACGUGUGUUAGAAAAACUUGGAGUGACUGUUCGAUAAAUCUAAAUAUCUGAUUUCAUCACUUUCCAGAGGCUUUCUUCCUUCCUUUGUUAGUCUUUGAACUCAUUCAGCCACAUGACCUGGAGAGGCAUGCUGAUGCCCUUUGACCCCCGAUGUUGCUGUAAUGUUCUGGUUUCCUAGAGAGCAUCUGCUGAAUGUUUGUUAAGGUCACUACUCAUGAAAAAAGAAAAAAAAGUAAAGAAAUGGGCAAAGGGUCUGCUAUUAUUCUGUCUGGUAGGUGCUGGCUUUUUAUUUGUAUUUACUGCUUUUUAAGGGCAGCUAGAUUUAUCUUCAGCAAACAAGGAUGCUUGCCUUCCUUAGUGCAAAAACAAUAUUUUCUCAGCAGCUUAUUUCCACAGUAUUAUAGUGGGGCUGUGCAACACUUAGUGUUAUUUAAAACCCAUAAAACGGAAGCUGCAUAAGUUAUUACCACAACACAUAAAAGUAGUUCCAGUAUUUUUUUCCAAGAACAAGCAGUACUUUGCAAUAACCUUGUGAAAAUGUACUUUUUUUAGUACCUUCUUGCAGUUAAUUGCAGUUUGCAGACUGCUCAGUUUGGUUUUAUUUCUAACCUUUAUUUUUAAUGUUUGUAUACAGUGAAAUGUAUCCUUUAAAGUACAGGGAGCAAGAAAAUUAUUACAGCCAGCACUGCUGCAUCUGGCUUUGAAGCAGUGCAUGAACUAAUAUUCAAAGGGACUGGGUUCCCUGGAAUUCUUUGGUUGAAAAAUGUAACAUUUUGUUAAAUGUUUGUGAUACGAUGAAAACAAAAUAAUGGAAGCAUUAUAAGAAAUGUUUAAAAAAUAAAUGGUUAAAGAUA